UUCUUUCACUCAGCUCCAAAAAAAAAAGUUCCAACUUUUAUCUCUUCAUAAAUUGUGAAUUUUUUUGUGGGGUUCAUUUUAUUUUUCUUUUUACCAUUCAGAGAUAGAGAAAGACAGAUUCUUGAAAAUUUAAAAGAUUAGAUUUUUAAUGGAGAAUCCAACAAGAGGAAGGGGACAUGAAUACAAUUUGGCUUGGAGGAAAGCUGAGGAAGCAGCUUUGAGGCGAUAUCAAGCAACCCACUGGUUGGAAUGUUUCGUCGGACCAUUAGGUAUAUCAAGCCAGCCUUCUGAGAGAGAGUUUGUUUCUUGCUUGAGAAGUGGCUUGGUACUUUGCAAUUUAAUUAACAAAGUUCAAACAGGAUCAGUUCCGAAGGUUGUAGAAAACCACACACCUUCACAGUCAAUCAUGUGGGAUUCUCAGCCACUGCCAGCGUAUCAAUAUUUUGAGAACAUUCGGAACUUUUUGGUAGCUGUGGAAGAUUUAAAGCUACCAGCAUUUGAGGCAUCUAUUUUUGAAAGGGAUAACAUAGAGGCAGGUUCAUCAACUAAGGUUGUGGAUUGCAUUUUGGAACUUAAAGCAUACCAUGAGUGGAAGCAAAUGACGGGAGGUGUCGGAUGUUAUAAGCCUCUAAGGUCUCCUCUCUUGACCCCUUCUAGGGGAAGGAUUCAAGCACAAACACAUGUGACAAUCAAUUCUGAUAGUCGCAGGCGAUUGGAAAUGUCUGCUAGCUUUCCAAAACAAUCACCGUCAGAAGAUGAAAUUCAGAAACUUGAAGGCAUAAUUGUCAAGGCCCUAGCUGAAAGAAUGGUGGACAUGAAGGAAAACAUGGGCAAUAAUUUCUUUGCUUCUUUUCGGAACGGGAACACGAACCAAGUUGAAUUGUUCAGUAGGAUCUUCUCUAACUGCUUCAAGGAACAACUUCAAAACAAGUCCCCUAAGUUGAACUCAGAUCCUUCAAAAGAGAUAAGCUGCUCAGAAAACAACUCCACAUGCAUACCCCUCCAAGAUUUAUCUAAUCUUAGAAACCGAAAGUGUUGCAGAGCUUGCAUAAAGAAGGGCAAAUGCAACCACUGGACUGUAGUUACGAUUCAAGAAAAGGAACUUUCGAAUCUUAAGGUGCUGUUAUCAAGUACAAAGAAAGAGUUCAAAAAUCUGCAGUCUCAGCUACAAAGUGAUCUGAAGCAACUUGGAGACCAAGUACUGGAUAUGUCUAAUGCUGCUCUAGGAUAUCAUAAGGUUAUGAAAGAAAACAGAACCUUGCAUAACAUGGUUCAGGAUCUAAAAGGGAAUAUUAGAGUUUACUGCAGAAUAAGGCCUGCCUUCAAUGAAGAAGCGAAAACUGCCAUAGAUUUCAUUGGAGAAGAUGGUUCUUUGGUUGUAAUUGAUCCACUAAAAUCCUGGAAAGAAGGGAGGAAAAUUUUCCAGUUCAACCGUGUUUUCGGUCCAAGUGCCACUCAGGAAGAUGUAUUUCGAGACACUAAACCGCUUGUAAGAUCAGUGAUGGAUGGUUACAAUGUAUGCAUUUUUGCUUAUGGUCAAACUGGAUCUGGGAAAACAUAUACCAUGUCUGGCCCUGGAGGUGGAUCAACAAAGGAAUUCGGAAUCAAUCAAUUGGCUCUGAAUGAUCUAUUUGUACUAUCUGAUGAGAGGAAGGACAUCAUGAGUUAUAAGAUCCACGUUCAAAUGGUCGAGAUAUACAAUGAACAAAUUCAUGAUCUUCUCGCAGAUGAUCCUUUGCUAACUAAAUUAGAGAUUAGAAGCUGCAUGAGUCGCAAUGGUCUACCUCUGCCUGAUGCUAGCAUGCAUCCAGUGAAUUGCGCUACAGAUGUUAUGGAACUGAUGAAACUUGGUGACUUGAACCGUGUGGUUGGCUGUACUGCCAUGAAUAACCGUAGUAGUCGUUCACACAGUGUGCUGACUGUACACGUGCAUGGUGAGGAUACAUCUGGUAACAUAAUUCACAGUUGCCUCCAUUUGGUGGAUCUUGCUGGUAGUGAACGAGUUGACAAGUCGGAAGUCACUGGAGAUGGCCUCAAAGAGGCGCAACAUAUUAAUAAAUCUCUCUCUUGCUUGGGUGAUGUGAUCACAGCAUUGGCACAGAAGAAUUCCCAUAUCCCUUAUAGAAACAGCAAACUCACCUUACUCUUGCAGAACUCUUUAGGUGGACAUGCGAAAACGUUGAUGUUUGCUCAUGUCAGUCCUGAAGGGGAUUCCUUUGGAGAAACAAUUAGUACUCUGAAGUUUGCACAGAGGGUUUCGAGUGUGGAACUUGGUGCAGCUCGUUUAAAUAAAGAGAGCACCGAAGUUUUAGAGCUCAAGGCCGAGAUUGAGACCCUAAAAAGGGCAUUGGCUAACAAGGAAGCACUAACUCCUCAAAUUAACAAAACAAAGGAAGCAGCAAGGACACCUUUCCAGAAGCCAAAAGCAAUAGCUGAUAGACCCACUCCACGAGCUCGAAGAUUAAGCAUUGAGAAUUGCACCACCACCAUGAGGACAGAAAAGGCGAACCUCGAUGAUGAAAAGGGAUCCAAGACUCCAGCUGUGAAAACUCGCUCGAGAAGAUUAAGUUUAGAAGGGCCAAGAUUAGCCAGCAAGAAUCUUGAACAUAUUAAAUUAUUAGAAGCCACUACCAAGUGCGACCAGCAAGAAGUUGUGUGCUUACAGCAAUCAACUGAGCUUCAGGAGGGAGAUGAUGUCACAAAAUUGUAUGAUCAAGCCGGUAAUGAUAGUUGCCUGAAGGCUCCUCAGAGUCCAUCUUUUGCUUUUAGAAGCCAGGAUGCUCCUCAAAGUACAGCUUCUGGUCUCAAUUACCAGCAGGCUCCUCGGAGUCCAACUUUUGCUUUAAAAAGCCAGCAGCCUCCUCGGAGUCCAACUUCUGGUUUUAAUAGCUGGCAGGCUCCUCGGAGUCCAACUUCUGGUUUUAAAAGCCAGCAGCCUCAACUGAGUCCAACUUCUGGUUUCAAAAGCCAGCAGCCACCUCGAAGUCCAACUUCUGGUUUCAAAAGCCAGCAGGCUCCUCGGAGUCCAACUUCUACCUAUAAAAGUCAGCAGCCUCCUCUGAGUCCAACUUAUGGUUUCAAAAGCCAGCAGGCUCGUCGGAGUCCAACUUCUAGCUAUAAAAGUCAGCAGCCUCCUCGAAGUCCAACUUCUGGUUUCAAAAGCCAGCAGGCAUCUCGGAGUCCAACUUCUGCUUUUAAGAGCUGCAAUGCACCUAGGAGUCCGACAAGUGCUGCCAUUAAAAUCCAGGGUGUGAAAACAACAGAUAGCAGAACAAGGAUUCCUUCUCUUCAACUACCCAAAACACCUGAGCCACUGAUAACCUCUAUAAAUGAGAACAAGGCAGGAAUGCAAAGUGAGCGUACAAUUUCAUCUGAAUUCCAGACGCCUACUUUGAUUAGCCGUACUCAUGGAAAAGGAUCUCAAAUACGAAGAUCACUUCGGACUAUUGGGAAACUGAUUAAUGGUUCUGAAAGAAAGAACCAACAGAAAAGGACUGAAGCAGCCCCACUAUCGCCUUUUAAUUGCCAAAAUGAGGAGAUGUCAUCAAUGACAUCUAAUGCAAGGACACUGAGAAGACAAUCCCUAACUGGCAUUCCACCACCAAUCAUGUCGAGGAGAUCUUCACUUGGAGGAGGGAGCUUGCCUUAUUCUUGUGCAAAUGAAAGUAGAAAUUGCAAAACUCCUGGAACUUCAGCAAAGUUAACAAAGAGGUGGCUAUGAGGAACAAACUAAGUAGCUAACAUCAAGGAGCUGACAGUAGGCGUCAACAAAUACUGACUACUUGACAUUGAGUUAGACAAGUUUAUGCUGCAGGUACUCACUGCAAUUUUAGAUGUUGUAAUGCUGUUAACAUCGACAUUUCUGUACAGAUUACUGAGGCAGAAAAUAGGAACUGAGGGACCAGAAGGAAACAAAUUUCCUGUUAUUUGAACCAUGACGAAACCUGAUAGAUGUUAACAUUGUUGUAUACCAACCAAAAACAUGACAUUUGAAUGAAAGUUCAUUUUCAAA